AUGAGACCAACCGAAGAGGACAUGCUUCUGAUGAAGGUAAGUUCGGGUUGUACUUGUUGUCAGAGGUUUCGAGGGUGUUUUUGUGAAGUCAUAUGACCCCAAUUGUUGUUGACUGGAUCGGCCAAAUCUAGAACUAUUUCUAGACUUCGCUCUUGUCUAUUUUCUCGGCAUUUCUUACCCUUUUCCCAUGUUCUUGGGGGAUUUUCUCAUUUUUCAUGUUCCUUCAAUUUUUCUGCCUAUUUUGACUGUAUCUAGAAAUAUUUUAACUGUUCCUGGCGGUUUUAUAGAUCCAGAAAACUUUUCUCGGAUCCUAAGCGGGGUUUCGAGAUGUUCAUAGGGUAUUUCCAGUGUGAUGAAGAAUCUGAUCAAUUCAAAAGCCUUGGAACUUGUUUUAAUCUGACAUAAAGCUGGAAAUUUUGCGUAUAGGGACUCUCCCACUUCAAAGUUAAACUUUUCGUACUAUUACCGCUUAUCAAGAUCAGUGCAACUAACCUCAAGCCUUAUUGCCUUCUGAGACCACCUUAGAACCCCCUUUCUACAGUCGAAACUCUAAUUUUGAAACAGUCAUGCCACGUCGAAGUUGCGUUUUAGGACAAUUUUUUCUUAUCGCCAGAACCAUUACUAUUACUAUCGUAUGACCACGUUUCGGUGGAUGAUUAGAAAAGGGUCUAGGGUCCACCUCGAAUGGCCGAUGCACUAUAUAGAGACCUCUUUCCGUGAGAACUUUUUGACUUUUCGCACACCUUUCCAUUUCUAUCGAUUCAAUUUCUUCUUUCUCUCUCUCUCUCUCUCUCUCUCUCUCUCUCUCUCUCUUUUACUCUUUUCCUGUCACGUACAAUCUUACCUUUUUCGUAAUGGGGCCUGAAAAUAUUGCGAAAUCUAACUGGUCGCGAAAAAAAAAACAUAUUUUGAUGAGCUUGUGUCCAGCCUAUGGGAGAAGAAGUAGUAGAAGGGAAGAGUGGAGGGGGACCAUUUUUUGAAAUGCGAUAUGGUGGAGCCGGGCUGGAGCCCCUGUGGAGCCUCCAGAAAUUUCUAUUUACCCCCCCUCCCAGUGGCUUUUUUUGGCGCUAGUUUCAGGAGUUCCCCCAGCCGCUUCUUCACAAUUAAAUCUAUGCAAAUAUUGGUUUUUCUCUUGUCUCCCUGUCUCCUCCUCCUCCGAAGAAAAUAGGUGUCAAAUUUGCCAGUAUUGGUUUAUGAUAUCAGUUUAUUUGUUUGCCCUUUCGGGUAGGUUCAUCAACUUUUUCCAAGACCCUCCUCUUAAUUUUUUUAAAAUUAUUAAUGGGGGGCCUGUAUUGUACAGUUUUUGAAUGGAAAUUUCGAAAGGAAAGUGAUGGGAAAGGAAGAAUUUUUCGACUGAUAAGGCGGGAAAAAGUGAUGACGUGAUGAUUAUGAUGUGCCACACCUUAUUACCUGAUUGGCGAAGUUGGGGGCUUUUAGGGAAUUUCUGGAAAAUUUAAAAAUUUAAAUAAACUGAAGUAACAAAAAUGUUCCGAGGGCUUUAUUUUUUGUUAGCUGAAACUACUCAAACAAAAAUUUUGAAUUGAUUUUAGCGUCCAAAAAUUUGUUCAAAAAUGUGUCCUUGCAAAAAAAAGAAAUUUAAUGGUGAUGACUCAUAGGUUCGUCCAUUGUGACAGGUGAUGGUGAUGACAACUUUUUCGAGAGAAAAAAAAAUGUGCGCCCACUCUUUUUGGGGGAAGGCCAGAUGAUGAACAUUUGGCCAGAAGUGGAACCGCAGGAAGUUGAGGGAAAGAUGUAUGGUAGUCUAGAAGCUUCUGAUGGCACAAUUUUUCGGGUACAUUGAUACAUUUUUCAUUUAAAAAAGGUACCGUAAGUACUGUAAUAGAAGGGCACCUCAAUAGUGUUUAUUCAAGCCAGUUUAUCGCAGCUAUCGAUGGAGUUAUCGAAACGUGCUAAAUUGAUAAAAUGAAAAACAUUUAAUAAUAACUCAUUUAUUCAUUUCGUUGUGAUAAUUUUGUUUUUUGACAAUUUUUUGAUAUCUCCACCGACAGCUGAGAUAAAUCGAUUUGAAUGGACACUACUGGAGUGCCCAAUCCUUUAUUCUAACGGGGUAAGGUGAACUUUUAUACAAAAUCCAGCGCUAUGGUCUCAAAACUGAUCAAAACGCAAUUUGUUUUAGAGGAUUCUAGACUUUGACGUUUCAAAAAUUGUCUCCAUUUCUACCACCAAGAUGUGAAACUUCUGUUUUUUUCUGGUACAAAUUGGCGUAAAAUCCAAGUCAAACCCCUCGUCACUUCUUCAUUUCUUCAAUUCCAAUCUGUGGUUUUGGUUCUUCGCAUAUAUUGCGUCUUUAAGAGAUUGCCCCGUGCUCCUUUGCUCAUCUCGGUUUUCCUUCUUGAAAUUGCCCUCCGGCAGCCUUCUUCACCCGUCCACACAUCCGUUUGCCACUUGUAUGUAAUAUGAUACCCCUUCUACCACUACCAAUUUCAUUCUUUUUCAUCCUCCCUUAGUAUUUGGUUGAAGAUUUUGGGUCAAGUGGAGAACGAUGGAAAAUGAAUGGAGAAUAAAAAAAAUAAUUCUUGCAGGUGAUCAAGGAAGAGGAAAUAUCGGAAGGAGAGGAAGAGGAUCCAGAGGAAGAUCCAGAAGAUACUGAAGAAGAAGAAGAAGAAGAAGAAGAAGGAGAAGGAGAAGAGGAAGAGGCCACGACCACUACGGACGAAGACGAAGAAGUGGGAAAAGCCGAGGAAGAAGUGAAGGAGAAUCAGAAGGAUAGUGAAAAAAAGAAGAAGCGAAAGAUUGUCAAGAAGAUGUUGCCUGUGAACACUUCCGAAGGUGUCGUCGUUGCGCCAACCUCGUCGGCUGCUUUGGAAUACGCCAGUACGGUUAGUUCGGCACGAUGCACCAUGUGGAGUCUGGGGGAGAGGCUUAGAACCAUGGGAUAACUUUGAAAGUCUUUUAAAAUUUCGGUGUUGAGCCGAUUUUUGAGCAUUUUGAUUAUAUCUAGAUCUGUAGAUUAAGAAAUUCUCUAGAACAUCUAUGUCAGAAGUUUCCUAAGCGUUUUAUUUGUAUUUCCUAAACUGGUCGAUGCACCAUGUGUCUAGGAGUGGAUCCUUAUCAGUGAAAACCUGAAGACAAGAGGUGGGACGUGUGAUAGUGGACGAGAAGUUGUUUUUAGUGAUGAUUCACGUUUUUCUCUCACUCUCCGAGCAUUUUACCUAUAUUAGUAGACGCGAGAAGAAGUGAGUGGGCGGUUAUAUCAAUUUUGCUAACAUUCUCCGCAGAUGCUCUCAGAAUAUUGAAGUUUUCAAUUGAAAAAGUAGGUGAAAUUUGUGUUCAAGCAGAAAUUACGAAAUUUUGGAACCAUACACACAAAAAUUGUUCUGAAAACUCUGCUAUUUCUAAUGAUUAGAAGCUAAAAAACUAAUUAAAAUUAUUUUCGCGACACUGGUUAAAAAAUGCAUUAAAAGUGUGUUAAAAGGCUAGAAAAUGUUGGAAAAAUGAUGGUGGCCAGUGGCAGGGACACAUGCUAGAUAUGUGUGUGUGUGUGUGUGAAAAUGUGUGGACACAAGAAAGAAGAGGGGCCGGGCCUCGUUGCCCAAGAAGCCAAAUAUUUAUUCAAUUUCUAUUUAUUUAUCCAAACCAAACGAGGGCAAGACCCCACCGAAGGCCACCGGAUGCCAUCCGAAUUCGUUCCGAUCUGCAAAAAAUUUUAAGAGAGAAUCCGGAAAAAUUAAUUUUUAGUGUUGGCCCCCGUAAAGGUUAAGGAAGAAAGGCAAGGGAAAGGUGGGCGUGUCGGUUUUUAGGGUUACUGUAGUCUCCGACUGAGGAUAGGCGUCUCGGGUCUCGGGCGGCGAGUGGGCGGGGUUUUUCCCCCUAGUGGGGGGAGGUGUGUGCUCUGGCCAGUCUUCUCCCGAUCCCCCAGUGUGAGAACACCUUCUUGCUGCUUGUUUGGCCAUUGAUAGUAGUUGUUCUUCAAUCAAUUGCAUAAAGUUUAUUUUUUUACCCCCCUCUUCCGUAUCUAUUUGUUGUUGCUUCUGUUUAAGCUCCUCCCCCAUCGGAGGAGAUGGCAAAGGACCUUGUUCCAAAUAUUUGUAUUUGAUAAAUAUUUACAUAAUCCUUUCACCUUCCCCUCCACUCCUCCCUUAACCAAAUCUGAUCCGAAAACGAACAACUAUGAAAAAACAAGAAAACAAAAAAAAAAGUUGGUGUCUUACAGGCAAUGAACACGCAGGACUAUCUGCCCACGUACUCGAACACCACCAAUGCGCUUAACUAUCCACCAUAUGCGGUAAGUGGGUCGAUGCCCCGUGUGGAGAAGGGGCCUUAUAGAUUUGCAAGGAGUAAGCUUCAAGUAGCAUCGAAAGUGUUUGAUGCACCACGUACAACCAAUCCUUUUUUUUUAAAUUUCAAGCUUCGAGCCUAACAAAAACGUUUACAGUACGGAACGGCCACGAAUGGACUCAUCAACUAUAACUACAGCCAGUACGCUGCCAACCAAAUCAAUCCGAGCUACAUUAGCUCCACGACCAACUUCAUGCAAGGAGGUGGCAUUUCGCCGUUGGGUAAUAAUUCAUAUUGUCCACCUGGCCCGAGUGAAACCCGAUCCACUUAAGGUUUUGCCAACGCAUCGGCCAACGCCAAUGCCUCGUCGAUCACCUCGUCGACGGCCGUCGUGCAGAGAUCCUCGAGGACUUCCAGCUCGACCGCGUCGACGAUCAACGCGGCCGCCGGCUCGCCCGGAGACCGUUCUUACUCGGGAAGCGGAGGACAAGAGCUGACAGUUCAGGAGUUUGAGAACGUACGCGAGAAGAUUCGGAGGCAGGGAACUUACGGAGCAUCAAAGCCGCCUUACUCGUACAUCUCUCUGAUCACGAUGGCGAUCCAGAAAAGUGGCACUAGACAGUUGACACUUUCGGAAAUCUACAAUUGGAUCAUGGACCUCUUCCCGUACUAUCAGAACAAUCAGCAGAGGUGGCAGAAUUCUAUUCGACACUCUCUUUCGUUCAAUGACUGCUUUGUCAAGGUUCCGAGGUGUGUUUGGGGUGGCCGAUACACCAUCUGGAAGGGUCUUGCCUAGAACUAGCAGAAUCUCUGUUCAAAAAUCGGCCGUGAAGCUGUUUUGAUUGAAACCUAAAAAGUUCACCUUCAUAUCUACAUACAUAAAUAGUUUUCCGGGUACAAUUCAUAAUACUAUAUAGUCAAGGUCCUUUUCAUCUAUUCCCCAAUUUCACAAUGUUCCCGGCUGUAGCAGCGCCACAUUUCGGCGCCGUCAACGGUGCGUGAAGCUGUGAGAAUUGAUGACCACCGCCCGGGCGCCCUCUUGUAGGAACGGAGGGGCCGCCACCCCCAAUUAGUCUUCUUUUGCGAAAAAGUGCAUGUAAAUGAUUUCCGGAAAACUUCCAUCAUUUGUUUUUUUUUUUUAGGUUCCUAUGAAUCAUGAACGGGCGUUUACAUUUGAUAUCCUAUUGAAAGGUUUGGCGUCGACAAUGCACCACGUGAAAGGGGGGGUUAGGGUUAUUUUAAGACCAUCUAAGACUAUAUUGAAUGCGCGAUUCACAAUGUAAUAGUUUUAGACUGGUAUAGAAAUCUUUCAGGGACAUCUAAAUAGUUGAUGCUCCAUGUGAUCACCUCAAAGUCACGUUUGACCUAUUGCAGAUCUCCGGACAAGCCAGGAAAAGGAUCGUUCUGGACACUCCACGAGCACUGCGGAAACAUGUUCGAGAACGGAUGCUAUCUGAGACGUCAGAAGCGUUUCAAAGUCAAGGAACGAGAACCGAGCAGAAAGAAGAGAAACGCGCAGAACGGAGGCAACCAGAACAGUCAGAAUCAGGUGCCGAAGGUGGAGGUGAAAGAGGAGGAUGCUCAAGUUCAACAACAGUCUCUCGUGGCCGGAUACCAGAUGAAUGUGGGAACCAUAAAAGGAGAAGUCAAGGAGGAGAAGGCAGAAACCUCCGCAGUUCUCGAUCCGACCGUCAGCGCCACUUCUAUGGGAAAUCAUAGUCAAACGACUUCGGUCAUCUCGUCGGUUGGCACCACACUGGGAGCACAGCCACAGGUACCUAAAAUGUCAUCGAAUCGUUUCCAAAACACAAAUAAUUAUUUCAGUUGAACAUGAACGGCCAGUACUCUCAGUACAUCUACGGAUCCACGGACUUCUCCUCGAAUCUGCUGCUACCCCAGUUCCAGACAAAUGGACUUUAUACGCCGACCGGAUCGUAUUUGACUCAGGAUUACACUGGGUAUCAGAAUACCCUCUACAGGUUAGUGCCAUUGCUCAAACUUGACUUUCUAAUUUCUCUAUUUUUGCAGCUCAACCAACCCGAACUCGGCAGCGAAUCUCUAA